CAAUAUCAAAAGAUAUUGAAGAUGUCACUAUCAGCUUAGAAAUUAAUCCUGGUUUAUCAUGGCUUCUAUAUAGUAUUCAUAUAACAGAUGGUUUAAAUUUUCCAUGAAACGAAAGGAGUUUACGGCGGGGGUAUACUAGAAAUUCACAAGAGACUAUUUAAAGAACACAUCUGCAAAUAUGGCUGACGUGGUGAAUGAAACUCUUGCCGAAAUAAACGCUAGUUUGAACGAAAGUGAGAAGAAUGCCACUGCGAAGAUACCAUCCACACCCGAGGGAAUGGCUGUGGCGUACGGCAGUCUGGUCAUAAUGGCCUUAGUACCCAUAUUUAUCGGCGCAUUCCGAUCUGUAAAGUAUCACAAGGAGCAAAAGGAAAAUGGAGAAGUAGCAGAGACAAUGUCCCAUAAAGAUGCAGCUAUGUUCCCCAUCAUUGCUAGCUGUACCCUGUUCGGACUCUACUUGUUCUUCCAGGUAUUUUCCAAAGAAUACAUCAACAUGUUGCUGUCAUCCUAUUUCUUCUUCCUGGGUAUACUUGCAUUAGCUCAUAUCACUAGUCCCCUGGUCAACAAGCUUAUCCCAGCAUCAUUCCCCAACUGUCAGUAUCAACUCCUCUUCCAAGAAACAAAGACAGAGGAGAAAGAUGGAAAGAAAACAGAAAAGAAAGAAGAUCUGAUAAAUUAUGAGUUUGAUAGAAGAGAUCUUGUAGCAUUGGUACUCUGUACUGGAGUAGGUGUCUGGUAUAUAUUGAAGAAGCACUGGAUUGCCAAUAACCUGUUUGGCUUGGCAUUUGCUGUAAAUGGAGUAGAACUUCUCCAGCUUAACACAGUCAGCACAGGUUGCAUUCUUCUAGGAGGGCUCUUCUUUUAUGAUAUAUUCUGGGUGUUUGGUACUAAUGUCAUGGUGACAGUAGCUAAAUCGUUUGAAGCUCCAAUAAAAUUGGUAUUCCCUCAAGAUCUACUAGAGAAUGGUUUAGCCGCCAAUAACUUUGCCAUGCUUGGCCUUGGGGACAUUGUAAUUCCAGGCAUCUUUAUAGCCCUCCUUCUUAGGUUUGAUAUGAGUUUAAACAAGAAUAGUAAGACAUAUUUCUACGCUAGUUUUGCUGCUUAUAUUGCUGGUCUUCUAGGCACAAUCCUUGUAAUGCACGUCUUCAAACAUGCACAGCCAGCUCUAUUGUACUUGGUGCCUGCCUGUAUAGGAGUCCCUCUCUUAGUAGCUCUCAUCAAAGGUGAACUGAAGCCAAUGUUCAGUUAUGAAGAUAAUCCUGCGAAACCAGAGGACAAAAAAGACGAGAAGAAGGAGAAAUAGAUUAUUUCAGUUUGACAUCGUGGAAUAUUUUAAUGGACCGACACACAUGAACAUGGCCUGCCUAUCGUGUAACAUCUUAAAGAGGAUGAUCUUUAACAUUGCGAAAUGCAGAAUGAUAAUUUUGAAUGGACUACUUUAAGUUGAGACCAUCUUCAGUGACUCUAUGUUGACAUUGGUAUAGCUUUUGUUCAGUGUUACUGCGUUUCCAUACUUAUUUAGGGUGCUGUAUUUUACCUUGAGUAAAGUACAAUUCUCUACGCGUAUUGGGUAUUUCUACAUCAGUAUAAGUGUUGUACUGAAUAUAAAGGUGUUCAAGAAUUUGAUUUGAAUUAGGUUUUGUUCACGUCCACCUAUUUUUGAGAAUUCUCGGUAAAUAUAUUGAGAAACAUUUUUUU